GCGAGCGGAGAGCUCUGGCUCAGAGUUUGCGAUCCGAGAGCGGGAUCCGCGCUCCCUCGGUCCUUCCUCCCUCCCCUCUUGCGGCCUCCCGCUGUCAUCUGGAGCCGCUCCUGCCGCCCCCUGGCGGCGACCGCGGGAAGGGCCGGCCCCCAUCCGCACCCCCGACCCCCGAGGUCAACAACAGGAUGGUCCCUGGGUCCCAGGGGAAGAGACAUCACCCAGUAGGAGGGAGCACGGUCUAGACAGAGGCCACGAGGGCGGGAGGGGGCGAGAGUGGAGAGUGGCCCAGCUGGCCAGGGUCGUCUAAGUGAGAGGAAAAGGGAGAGGGCGGUUGAGACCAGGCCCUGAAUUCCGCGUUCAUCUUAUCCUGAGGUAUUUAGUGCCGAGUGUGGCCUUGGUGCUAGGAUUCAAAGAGGAAAGGAAGAAAACUUUCCAUUCUAAAAGAAACUCUACGUAUGGCGAAGAAGAUGAAAUAUAGUCAGAAAACCAUACCAGUAGGUGUUAAGUUGAUAAAUGAUGCAUACAACAUCCUAUAGAAGACUGUCACCACCCCACCUCACUGAUCAGCCCUCUGCCUACAGCCACACCCACAGAACAUUCAGCCAUUUCUCCUGUGGUUCCCAGCCUGCAGCACAGCGUCUGCACGUGGAACUCUGGAAUGCUGACCUACAGUCUGAGUUCCUGUGCCCUUGCCUGGGGCUGACUCUCUACUUGACCUGUAACCCACAACUGGGCAAGAGAAAAUUCUGCAGCCACAGCUCUGAGGACAUGAGCAAAAUGGUUUCCAGAUGGAAUGUCAAGGAUUCCCAUGAAGUGUCAGGGAGUCUUCAGGCCACGCUUCAGGUUAUCUCCUUCUCUUUCCCUUUUCUGCUUCACACUUGCUCUCAUCCUCUUUCUCACCCCAUAUCUGGUCAGAGGAGAUAGGAAGGUUCUUGUUACCUGGUACAAGACAACUUUUGGAAUCCCAGAUAUUCAGAUUAUUUCCCCUUUUCCUCUUUGCAAAUGAUAAUACUCACAGCCAAGAGGCAUCACCCGGAUCCGAGGCUGCUUCUCCUUAGGACAUGCAGACAGAAGGAGAAGGCGGGGCUGGCAGCCUCCAGUCCACAGCCUCCCUUUCUCCUCCCGGCGAUGAUUAACUAGGCCUAGACAAUGGAGAUCUACGGCAUACGCCCAGGGCCUCCUCUUCUCAAGCAUGGCUGAUCAGUCACUUUCCCGUCUAUCCUUCAUUUAUUGAAGCCAACUAUGAACGACUAAAGGAAGGAUGAGAAAAGUCACCCAAAGUCAAAGGGGACAGCGUGGGAGACUGUUCUAGACAGAAGGAAACACCUUUGCAAAGGCCCUGAGGAAGGCAGGGGACUCUCCAGGAGCAGAAGGGCUGUGUGGCUUCAGAAUCCACAAAAGAGAGCAGAUACAGGACACUGGCUGGAGCAGGCCCUGGAGCCCGCUGCUGUCCUGGAGGCCUUGGGGAGGCCCAGUGUUCCCAGGGUGGAAGAAGUAGGGGACAGCUUGACGUAGUGGCUGUUGAUCAGCUGAUAUGGAAGUACGUCAUCUUAUUAACAAUUGAGAAAGGAGUGCUGUGCAAUUCCAUUCAAUGCCAGUGAUGCUUAUGGCCGUUUUUAUGAGUUCUGUCAUUUUCAAAUGAGCAAGAGGAAGCCUCUAAGGGGGUUUAAGCAGGGACUGACGUAAUCAGAUCUGUGUUUUUCCAAAGGGAGAGGGAGAAAAAGAACAUUUCUUAUUUUUCAAAAAAGGUAAUGCAAAAGCAUCAUUCCACAAUUCUCUUGUAAUGAAAAAAAUAAAUGCAAACUUAAGCAAAUCCAUCAUUCUGAAAGAA